GCAGGGGGAUCGGGACUGAAUUCGUGUAAGAGGUACCAGAACGCGGGGCUGAAAGGGAGAGGGAACGAAGGAAGGCUCCAUCUCCCGAGCCCGGAGCCUAACUCCCGCUCGCUUUUGGUGCGGCUGCUGCCGCCCGCCCGCCGCCCGCCGGGAUCCUCCUCUCGCACGUGGGCCUCGGGCCGAGCUUCCGGCAGCUGCGGGCGCGCCGCGGCUGUGCAUCACACUGAAACCCCUGGGGAAGUGCUCCAGUCGGUAAAACUUUAAAGAAAAAGAAAAGAGAGACUGUUGGUUCCAGCAACAUGGAGAAUGAUGUCAGCUUGAAAUUCCACCAGCAGCUUUUGCUUAUUAGUGAAAAUCUGGUGACUGAAGAUGUAGUAGCUAUAAAAUUUCUCUGUAUGGACUUCCUCCACCUCAGUAAACUAGAAGCUGUGAAGUCAGCAGCAGAUAUCUUCAAGCUUCUUAUGGCUCAAGAAUAUCUGAGUGCAGAAGACACUUUCCUAUUAGCUGAACUCUUAUACAGAAUUAAAUGCCACUCCUUGCUCGAGAAACUCGGUUACACCAAGGAGAAAGUACAAGAAUGUCUGCAUGAGAAGGGGAGAGUAUCUCCAUACAGGCAGAUGCUGUAUGAAUUGUCAGAGAACAUCACCGAUGACAUGUUGAAGAAAAUCGCAUUCCUCCUGCAAAACCGCCUUCCAAAGUGCUGGAUAAUUACUUCUGCUUUGGAUUUGCUGAGUUUAUUGGAAAAGCAGGGCCUUUUAACUGAAGACAAUGUGCAGGUACUGGAGUAUGUCUUUAAGAUCGUUUCACCUGAUCUCCUGGAGACAAUAGACAACUACAAAAAGGCAAAAGAUAACAAGGCAGCAAAUUUUACACAAGGCUUCCCUGAACUAAAUCUGGAGCUGCGUGGGGAAUUCAGCAAUGUAGGAAAAGGAUCCAAGACUCUUUCAAGCUACAAAAUGGAUGGGCCACACAGAGGAUUUUGUCUCAUUAUUAAUAAUGUUAACUUCAUUAGUUCUCAGAGGAAGGGUUCUUGCAAAGAUGCUGAGCAACUGGAGAAAGUAUUCACGUGGCUUGGUCUGGAUGUGAGGACUUACACAGAUCUGACGUCUGAGGGGAUUACAGAACUCAUGCAAACUUGGCAGCACAUGCCAGAUCACAAAGACAGGAACUGUUUUAUAUGUUGCAUUCUAUCUCAUGGAGCGUCAGGAGCGAUCUACGGGACAGAUUACAAGCUUGUGUCCAUCCGCGUGCUUAUGACCCACUUCACUGCCAAACAAUGUCCCCAGCUGGCUGGAAAACCCAAACUCUUCUUUAUCCAGGCGUGCCAGGGUGACAGUACACAGCGUGCUGUCUAUGUUGAUACUGAUGGACCGACUCCUGACCCGUCUUCCAUGCAAGAGAGAGUUUCCCUUUCUGAAAGUAUUCCCGAAGAGGCUGAUUUCCUCCUGGGCAUGGCCACAGUUGAUGGAUGUGUCUCUUUCCGGCACACUGAAGAGGGUACUUGGUAUAUUCAGGCUCUCUGCAGCAAGCUACAGUUGUUGGUACCGAGGGGUGAAGAUAUUUUGUCAAUUCUUACGCAAGUUAAUGAAGAUGUGGCCAGACGUGUUGACCCUUCAGGGAGAAAGAAGCAAAUGCCCCAACCAGCAUAUACCUUAAGAAGAAAAUUUAUAUUCCCAAUACCUACGGCCCCUCCUCCUUCAGUGCAACAUCUAGGCUUUUAAAAUGCAUCAUUUUAUCGAUCUCAUUUAGAUGCACUUCAUCACACUACAUGUAUUAAGACAGCCAAAACCUUGAGGAUUUGUUAGCUUCGCGGCAAGGAGACACAGCUAAAACAAUCCAUGUGCCAGCUAUUUACAUCAUCUAUAUAUUCAGAGUUAUCAGUGCUGGAAGAACCAUGCUACUGUCAUGUUAAAUCUUUUUGUACCUGCACAGGCUGCAGAUACAAAAGGUUUUUCCUGGCAGCAUAGGGAUUGCAUGUAAGCUUUCAUAUUUAAACCAGGAUUGUUAAUGGUCUGGUUUAGACUCAUCGUGUUUUAUUUUGCAGGCUAACCAUUUUAAAUCCUGUUUCUAAAUUCAGUAGCUAUCUUCAUAGAGACAAAAAAGUGGCAAUGAAGAGAUAAAACCUUAAAUAGUAAGUGGAAAAGGAUUUCUUCAAUCUCUAAUGAAAAUUACAUUUAACUUAAUAAAGAACGAGUUACCAACUGAAAUCAGCAAUUUGUUCCACACUGCACAUUGAUACCCUCAAAUGGCUUUAUGUACAAUGAAGUUUUCCAAAACUGAGUAAAACCAAAAUACUGCUUAUUAUUCCCUCUGUGAAACCCUCUGAACUGUUAUUUCCCCAUCACUUCUGAGGAAAUUUAGGACAGAAGAUUUGCAUGCUAUGAAAUACAGCAGUCUGAUAAACUUGGUUAAGCAUUAGAUUUUUUAAUUAUCAUUUGUUGGUUUAGGAUCUAAAAUGGAGCCAAUUUAAGAAGGCUCCUAUGGACUAAGCUGCUGACAGAAUUUUGUGAGUUAACUGAAAUAAUGCCAUGUUUUUUUCAUUAUGAACACUUAUGUCUGUCAGUGUCUUUUCUCUUUGGUACUGCA